AUGGCUGAUGCUCGACGAACCAGACGCCACACCCACGAAACAAAUGCACUCAGCUAUGGACAUCUCGGCACUGCCACUUACGACGAGCAAAGUCAUAACUGGACGUUCUUGCGGCAGCCGCAGGGCGACCAAGAUCCCAGGAGGGACAAGCGGAGCACUAGCCAGUCUGACCUGCUCCGUUUCCAGCUUGUCGACGAAAGGACUGUGGAUUGUGCGGCAGAGGUUCCCAUCGGGAACGGUCCAGCCGAGCAGCGCUCGAUGAAUGCGUUAGGGUUGCAAAACACUUUUCUCAAAAAUGUUGCCGAUGCCGCCUUUGCCUUGACAAGUUCGCCAGCCUCAGCAUCCAGUUCGGAAGUUCAGCGAGAGAAUACGAAGGAGAAAGUGUCUUCGGCGAGCUAUCUAGCUCUAGGGCACGCGCGACCUCCAUUUGAAUCUGGCAUGCACAACAAUGAUCCAUCUACUCCCGUGGUAGCACUCGCGGCGGAAUCACACAAACACGCCCUCCGCCUGCUGGGGUUCGAGGAAUGCCAGGUUGCAGUUCGCACCAGUGAGGGCCUGCAGGUCAUGUGCACGGUUCCAUCCGUUACGACGAGAGUAGUCGGCCUCUGGUGUGAGUCGGCAGAUCGGAUACUUCAGGUGGCUUCUACGAAUAAGGCAAACGGUACACAUUUUCUCGCCGUCAAGCCGAGUGGAACGACGAUUCUUCAACCCAUGUCAGCCGAUCCGGCACCGGAGACUACGGUCACUUCUGCAGAUUUACUCCUUAACGCCUGUCCAAUUGUCACCAUACCGACGUCCAGGACGGGUGGAAAUCCUCAUGUGCAUGCGAGCUUUAACCCUCGAGAUCAGAACUUGGUGGCGAUUGUAGACUCAUCUGGCCAGUGGAGUAUCUGGAAGCUGAUAGGCAGGAGAGCAAGGUCUGCCCGUAUACUCUACAAGGUUCACCUGCUAAGCUCAAACAAUCUGAUCACCAGUGUCCGUCAGGCUCCCUCUACCACGGACCCUUCGCGUGCAGACGGAUGGCAUCGGAUCUGUUGGUUGAUCGGCCCCGAAGCUAGUAGGGAACGUCUUCUAGUCUGCGGUCGGCGUAUGGCUGCAGUCUUUGACCGAGAAGGACAGCUUUUGGGACAAGUAGACCUGCGUCUAGGACCGACGUCUGAUCGAAACAUGAUUCUUGACAUCAAGAACAGCCACCGUCGAGGAGAUCACCUAUUGGUCCUUAGUACCUCACGUUUGAUGGUCUUCAGUUCAACUAAAGGUACCUGGAAAGAGAGGGAUCCAGUCGAGCCGCUAGAAUUGGUGUGUUCUUGGAAUCACUACCGGGAUCGAACCGACCCACAGCUGCGGAUGAGUAUCGUUGAACUACCGACAGAUUCUGUGGUAUUGAUAUACUCCUCAAACAGCCAGAUCGCCGUCUCAUACCGCUUCCGAUGCGAUUCCUCAAAAUCAAGUGUUGUUUCUUGUCAAGACCCUUCGAUUUUUCAGUUGCCACAGGUGCUUGCGAACAGAAUGCAAGAUGUUAGUGACAUUGUCCUAUGUCCAGUCACGUUCUCGGUCCAAAACCAGCCUUCUAACGCUGUUGACUAUGGUCUCGUCAAGCUCAUCGCCUGCACCAACGCUGGGGAAAUAAUUGAAGCGAUCUACAAGUAUGGUUUAUCAAAGUUUGGUCAUGCCAAAAAAUCGACCGGAAGUCUUCCAGCUCUGGCAUUCCACCGACGGUCUACUGGUACACAAGGAAGCUCUGAACACGUUACAACGGGUGAUCUGGAUGAUCUCGUUGUUUCCGAUGUGACAGAAGCCGGUGCGAUCCCUGUGCCUGCAACAACUGCGCAGAAUGCUGCAAAUGACCCCAGCUCCAUUUCAUUACAUUUUCGGAAGUGGCAACGUCUUGCAGAUCAUCUGGCGGUCAAGGACAGAAAGAGUCAAGAUGUCCCAUUUGGGACCUCUCUGCAACAGGCCGUCGAACUAUUCGAGCAUGUGCAGGGCCGUGACGAGACAACCUCUGUUCGCCUAAUCGCAGACCUCGUUGACAAUUGUCGGGUUGUGGAUGUGGAAGAAGACUCUCAACAUGUGGAGAGCUGGCUUGAUAUGCUUGCGCUGCAUAACGACGUAACCACCGAGUUCGUGGCUUUUCCUGCCCUCCCGGAUAAUUCGCGACGUCACUUGAUAAGUGUCUACGACGACCUGGUCAAUGCUUAUGUCGAGUCACUGCCCGAAAACUUCACGGAUCGUAAUCGAGUGAACCGUGAGAGGUUGGUGCGCCAGAUUGUCGGUCCAACAGUCUUUGGAAGCUUUAUGCUGAAGACUAGGCGGCCUGUCGACCUUGCAGAAUCUCCACAGCCUCGAUCAGCAUCGAGCCCUCCUUCAGCACUCCCGUCUCCGUCACCAGGGAUUGACUCGCACCAUCAACAGCAGUUACCGACCUUGGCGCCCGAGAGUUCUGUGUCGAACGAAGAGCCAGCAGUUGCACGUCUACGGCAGUAUACCACUUUCGCACAUCGAGUCCCGCCACUGUUGCUGGACCACAAUACUGGGCUCUCAGCACUAUUGGAACAUCUUCCUGUAUCGAUCGACGAAGACCCUGCCGACUACUCUUACCAACAGACGAAUCAAAGACUCAAACUCUUACAGGAACAACUUGCGGCCGAGUCGCUAGAUCCGAAGCAGAGGAACACGGCACUCAAAUCUGCUGCUCGGCUGCGGCGGAAGCUGGAAAGGAGCAUGCUGAUGAGUCAAGAAGUAAUGCUGCAAAGAACAUUGGUGCCUAGCAUUCGUACUGGGACAGAGUUGUCUAACCUACCGGACAGAGAAGUACAAAGCAGCCAAGCUGCUGCCCCCGGCUCCGGUCAUCUCCAGAGUCAAGUAACGGACGCGUUGACUGGUCUGACCAUGACCCAGCCUGAGAGAGGAGCAUUUGGCACGAGGCAGGCAGCGAAGAAAGGCAAGAAGAGGCGUGCCGGCUUUUAG